UCACAUUCUCUUGUUAAAUAGAGAUUUUUCCCUUUAUUUGAUUCUAAGUUCGACCCAAAAAAGGUGAAAAUUUUCACCUCGUUCCAAGUUCGGACCCAAAACGGUCAAAAUUUUCAGACCCAAAAAGGUGAAAUUUGAGUUGAGAUCGAAAAAGAUGGAACUUUUGAGUCUGAAUAAGAGUUUGAAUGCGUAUGAACUUGUUUGUCUGAUCAACAGCGUCAUUGUCUAUCAACUUGAAAAACCUGUCUCCGAUAUUGGCAGAUGCUCUAUGUUUCAGCAUACCUUGAUUCCUCUUACGAAUAUCUAUUUUCUGUGUGUUGAGAGACAUCAUGGUGGUGAUCUUAUAAGUCGGUUGCCUGAUGACAUUCUCCUUGUUAUCCUAUCUUCCCUCCCACUGAAAGAAGUUGGCCGCACAAGUGUUCUUUCAUCUCGCUGGAGAAACUUGUGGAGUUACACCUCAUAUCUCUACUUUGAUGACUAUAGCUCCAUGGAGAAGAUUAUACAUGACCUGGAUUUUUGCUUAGUAGAGAGGGAAAGAGAAAAGUAUGUAAGGUGGGUGGAUUCGGUUCUCCAAUCACACAGAGGAUCCAACUUGAAAGAAUUAAGAAUAUGUUUUAGUUUAAUCCAAUCACCGUCAAUUACGAAGUGGCUUGAAUUUGCUUUUGAGAGGCACAUCGAAAAGUUGGAAUUGAACCUUUCACAUGGUGAUUAUGUUCAUGGCCCAUCUGAAAUUUACGUGUUUCCUCAAGAGUUGUUACGGGAAAAUAGCAGAAUUUUCAACUUUAAAACCAUAAAAGUGUUGUGCUUACGCUGCGUUAAUGUCUCUUGUGAAGCCAUCGAGUUUCUCUUACGUUACUGCCCAUUACUCGAG